GCUGGACUAGACAAUCAAGAGUGGAACACUAAUUGAGAAAGGUUUGGCGUCUCUGGUGAAGGUGACAUAACUCUCCUCUACAAUGAGAUUACAUUUUUGUUAGUCCUAGCGCUCACCAAUGGUGUACUGGAGAACAUUAGCUCCUGGGAUUAUCGAGAUGGCUCCAGAAGUCAAGAAGAUCUUCGAGAUGCACCCGGACGCGGCCACGGUGCCUUUUGGAUUUGCCACUGGGCAGCACCAGUUCCUCGUGGCCGACCCGGCCCUCAAGAAGUUGGAGAACAGCGUCUUCGUCAGCAACGGCCGCAUCAGGGUGCACGAGAAGGGCUUGACGGUGGAGACGAGACAGUCGCUGGUUGUUGCGGCUACCGGACGAAACGAACGGAAGGACUGA